UCUCUGGUUAGUACAGGCAUGUACAUGUAUGGACAUGUUUAGUGCUACCCUUUGUGCUGGUGCCUGCUUGUGCCUUCAGUCAACAUGGAAGCAAUGGAACACUCAUGCUAUGACUGUCAGAUAGUCUGUAGGGCGAGUGUACAUUACUCCAACGAAUACUGCUCUUCAUGCACAUACAGUUGUGCUGUGUGUGAUGCUGACCGGUUUGAGGAUGACCACAAACACAUGGCCUCCAAGGUGGUGCAUGUCCGUGGCCUGAGUGAUCGAGUGAGCGAUGGGGACUUGGUGGAGGCACUCCAGUUCUUUGGGCCCAUCAGCUAUGUCUACAUGAUGACGGGGAAAGGCCAGGCCUUGGUGGAGUUUGAGGAUAUCGAGGCUGCCUCAGCUUGUGUUGACUACACCCAGAACCACCCUGAGAAUGUGAUCAACGUAGCUGGCUCCCCGGCCGUGAUCAGCUUCUCCAACAGCAAACGUAUCAAGAGACCAGGGGAGAAUGCUCCAGAUAUGCCCGAGGAAGUCCCCAACAGGGUCAUCUUACUGACGGUGCAUAAUCCAUUCUAUUCCAUCACCACGGAAGUGAUCCAUACCAUCUGCAAGGGCUUUGGCGAGGUGCUGAGAAUCGUCAUCUUUAGGAAGAAUGGGAUCCAGUCCAUGGUGGAAUUUGACACCAUCGAGUCUGCCACCAAGGCUAAGAAGGGCCUUCAGGGCUGUGACAUCUACUCUGGGUGCUGCACACUGAGAGUGGAAUUUGCUAGGACCCAGACGCUGACUGUGUACAAGAAUGAUCAUGAAACAUAUGACUACACCAACGCCAGCCUGGCACCUUCAAGUCGUGGCAAUGCAUUACUGGAUGAUCCACCGCCGUCCACCUACAAUGGACCCACCAAGGCCAACUCAAGGCGUGGAGGCGGUGGCGGCGGCGGAAACCCUCGAUUCGACAGCCGUGGUGGGCCAAUGGGGGGUGGUGGCAGUGGCCCCAUGCGGGGCCCACCCCCACCCCAACACUACCAGGAACCCCACCAGGGCUAUGGCCCUCCCCAUGGGGGCGGUGGUGGGAGCGGCGGAGGAGGUCGGGGCGGGUACCAGGACCAUGGCGAUUACCCGCAGCAGUACAGCCACAUGCAGGACCAGCAGGGCCUGCAGCCCUUGCCGCCCAAUGCCCCCUCGCACAGUGGCAUCGUUAUGGUCUACAACAUUGAUCUGGAGAAGAUGAACUGUGAGAAGCUCUUCAACAUCCUCUGCCCCUUUGGGAAUGUCUACAAGGUGAAGUUCAUGAAGUCGAAGCCAGGGACCGUGCUGGUUGAUCUGGGCGAUGCGUUCGCUGUCAGUAGAGCAAUCACCAACCUCAGCAACAUUGAAUUCUUCGGGAUGACCAUACAGCUGGGGUAUUCCAACCAGACUUUCCUGAACCCUCCACCGGGCACCUGGAACCUGCCGGACGGUUCGCCAUCCUACAUGGACUUCUCCAAGAACCGCAACAACAGGUUCAUGAACAAGGAAGCGGCCGCAAAGAAUCGUCUCCAGCGCCCAUCUCACGUCUUGCAUUUCUACAAUGCACACCCCGAGAGCACCGCAGAAACCAUCAAGCAGAUCUUCAUCAAUGCUGGAGCUGCCGAGCCCAUAGCCAUCAAGAUGUUUGAAUCAAAAUCGGAGCGCAGUGUGACCGGCCUAGUGGAGUGGGAGAACCGAGCCACUGCCAUGGAAGCCAUGAUUCUGGCAAACCAUACCAAUAUGGACAACCCUGGUGGAAAGUAUCCUUACACCUUCAAGCUGUGCUUCUCCAAUGCCCCCCAUGCAACAUAAACCUGUCAGUCAGAAACAUGUGGCCCUGCUGAUAUUGAACCACGAAAGUCCAGAUAAUCCAGCAUUUCAAAUUUGAAGCUUCUGCAAGAACUCCCGCCCAGGCAAAAUUUGUCUCGAUGGUUUUUGUUUUACUAGGUAAUUACUUGUUAGUUGACAUUGUUUUUAAACUCCAUUUGUCCACGACCGCCACUGUUUGAAUUGGAGUCCAAAUCAUGACAUUUCAUUCUCAUAGCUUCACUGUAGAAAUUUGACCUUGAGGUGUACAUUAUUAGGCAAGUAAUGCUGAGAGUAAAACGUCUUGGGGGUUUGCAGGUCUAAUAUGUAGAGGGUUGCGACAUGAGUGUUACUGUUAGCGGAAACAAACUGGCAGGUAUAUGCACCAGUGAACACGGACAGCACAGUACACUCUACUGUACACAAUGGGCAGCCAUUUUGGCUCCAAAAUCUGAAGCUGCUCAUCUCCAUCUAUACACAGCUCUGGGUGUUUGUUUAAAUGUUGCCCUCAUGAGACCAUUCUAUGUAAGAAUUGCCCCCAGUCUUUUUGACUGUAU